AUGGCUCGUCUUGCUGCUGCUCGCUAUGGAAAGGACAAUGUCCGUGUCUACAAGGUGCACAAGGAUGAGGCUACCGGCACUCAGUCCGUCACUGAGAUGACCGUCUGCUGCCUUCUCGAGGGCCAGAUUGAGACUUCUUACACCGAGGCCGACAACAGCGUUGUUGUGGCUACCGAUUCUAUCAAGAACACCAUUUACAUCAAGGCCAAGGAGCACCCCGUCAACCCCCCUGAGCUUUACGCCGCCCACCUCGGCCAGCACUUCCUCGACAAGUACCCCCACAUCAACGCCGCCAACAUCAAGGUGAUCGUUCACAGAUGGACUCGCAUCAACAUCGACGGCAAACCCCACCCCCACAGCUUCUACCGCGACGGCAACGAGACCCGCAACGUGGAAGCUCGCGUCUCCCGCGAGGCUGGCAUUGAGCUCAAGUCCGCCAUCCAGGGUCUCUCCGUCCUUAAGUCCACCGGCUCUGCCUUCCACGGCUUCGUCCGGGACGAGUACACCACCCUCGGCGAGACUUGGGACCGUAUCCUGUCUACCGACGUUGAUGCCACCUGGAACUGGAAGACCUUUGCCACCGUCGCCGACGUGGAGAAGGGCGUUGAGAGGUUCGACCAGGCUUUCGAGGCGGCCCGCAACAUCACCCUCAAGACGUUCGCCGAGGACGAGUCCGCCUCGGUCCAGAACACCAUGUACAAGAUGUGCGAGGAGAUCUUGGAGAAGGCGGCCGAGGUGGAGGUUGUUGGCUACUCUUUGCCCAACAAGCACUACUUUGAGAUUGACCUCAGCUGGCACAAGGGCUACAAGAACACCGGCAAGGACGCCGAGGUGUACGCUCCCCAGUCUGGCCCCAAUGGCCUCAUCAAGUGCGAGGUCACUCGCUCCUAA